AUGGAGACACUGGCUCAGACCAUGAAUAUUUCCAAGGUGAUGCUAGAUGGCAGCUUCACUAACAGCUCCUCCAACUGUACAAUUGACAGCUUCAAACAAGCAAUUUAUCCCAUCAUGUAUCUCUUUAUCUUCUUCCUGGGUGCUGUUGGAAACAGCCUCUCCAUUUAUGUUUUCUUCCAGACUUCACAAAGGACCUCAGUGAACAUUUACAUGCAGAACUUGGCUGUUUCAGACCUCAUGUUUGUGAGCACUUUGCCCUUUCGAGCCUCGUAUUUCCUCUUGGGAUCACGUUGGAUAUUUGGUGAUAUCCUCUGCAGGAUCAUGACUUACACCUUGUACAUGAACAUGUACUGCAGCAUUUAUUUCCUCACCGUGCUCAGCGUGGUUCGUUUCGUAGCCAUCGUCCACCCGUUCAAACGUGAAAAAGUCACCAACCAGAAAUAUGCCAGGAUAACCUGUGGGGCCAUAUGGAUCUUCGUGCUGGCAGCUGCCAGCCCUCUGUUAAACAAGGGAGUUGCUGGCUACAGCAACCCAGCCAAAUGCUUGGACCUCCACCCCUCCAGCACACACAGGGUCCUCAUGAUGAACAGCUUUGUCCUCGUCGUGGGCUUCAUUCUGCCCUUCUGCACAAUUGUGUUCUGCUACGUCUUUGCCAUCCGAGCGCUGCUCAAGGCCAGGGCUCCGCAGACAAAGAGGGCAGUCUGUCACAGGAAGGCACUGCUGACCAUUACCAUCAGUCUCAUCCUCUCCCUCGUCUGCUUCCUGCCAUAUCACAUCCUGAGAACUGCCCACCUGGUGCACAGCAGCUGCAGCCACGCCAAGCUGCACCAGGCGCUGGUGGUCACUCUCUGCCUCGCUGCCAUGAACAGCUGCCUCGAUCCCUUCCUCUAUUACUUUACUGCUGAAAAUUUCAAAGCAAAAAUCAGAAGUUUGUGCUGCAGGUAG